GGAAUCUGCCUGUCGUCCAAUGUGUCCAAGAGUUUGCGCAAACAGUUCUUCGCUGGCGAUGGUGUGGCCACUAAUACAACGCUCAUUGAGUUACGGAAUUAUCUGUUCGCCAGACAGUCGGAGCUGUUGCUGUUGUUGAACAAGCCGUGGGAGUUGGCCUCCCGGGCCCUACCGUUCCUACAGAACUGUGUCAAUGAGUUGAAUAUAUUAGAGAUAACGAUGACACCGGGAGGUAUGGCCUGUUGGGUGUUUUUAAGCGCUUUAGAAAUACUGCACAAAUGCGAGCGUUAUAGCGAUUCCUCCCAAAUGGAGUCCUAUUCCAGACAUACAGUUGGCCUCUGGUCUUACGCCAGGAAUAAGUUGUCCGAAUUGGGAUCCCUGUGCGGCCUAAUGCCCGGCAUGACUAUGACGUCUGAACAUUUGCAUCAAGUGGUCGGUUUAAUCGCUGGAAUGGGCGCCGACCCCCGCACUGGCGAAACCCCUCUGAGUCCACAGGAACGGCUGAAAGAGGCGCUGUCAGGUCAGGAGGCGUUCCUCAAACACUAUUUAGAGAUAUCGGAGCUAACAAUGGGUACCUAUAAACACAUCGGACGCAUGAGAUUCGCCCGAUUUAUUGGCAAAGAGUUGUCCGAACUCUAUAUCAAACUGGGAAGACCUCAGAAAGCAAUGCCAUUCCUCUUAGAUCUGGAGAAAGUGUACGUUAAGGAGAAAUGGCCUCAACUUCUCAAUGAGAUACGGGUUCUACUGCUCCGGUGCUACCAAUUGACUGGAGAUUCGCGCCGUGAGUUUAAGGUCAGGUGUCAAUUGGCGGCCAACGGUCUACUCAGUGAUGAACAGCGCCUACAGCACUGUCUUGAGGCCGAAAAACUGCUCAAAACUAUUAAACACAACACUAAUAGUGAGAGUAAUGCCAAUAAUGGUGAGUCUUAUGGACCACUAGCCGUUCCGAUGGACGAGUUGUUUGACGUUCAAGACAUCCGUUUGGCUCUGGAAGACAGCUAUACGGUCACCGAUCGUGUGCUGGAACUGGACCUCAAACUCAUGAAUAACUUUCCCAAAGAGAUUCAAUGUUCAAGUAUUUUCAUAUCACUCACUGUUGAGCCCUCGGACACCAAUUUAGCCAAACAUAAGUCGGUCUCAAAGGGCUGUCCGCAUACAGACGACACCAAUGAGGAGACUAUACGGGCAAAGAAUAUUCCGAAAGUGAUUCCGGCGCCAGAAGUGGAGACAUUUCACACGAGUAUAUCUGUGGGCGUGAAGUGUAAUAAUACAAACAAAUUGCUGUUAAGACGCAGCGAUAGCCACGGCUUUAUACUGCAGGACAGGGAGCCCGUAGUGGCCGACUCUCGGCACGCGUUUAAGGCCAUUGACGUGACUAUUAGGCCGGGACUCAACCAUUUGCGGCUCCGGUAUUCGACGAAAGAGAGCGGCACUUAUGUGUUGAACCAGAUUGUGGUGGACUGGAAGGCCAGUGCCAACAUCGUGGGCUCCGAUAUGAAACGGCACACGUGUUUCGCGGUCAUAGCCGAGGAACCGACGCUCAAAGUGUUGCAGUUGACGACACUGGACGGCCUAACCAGCGAUAUACUGGCCGGUGUCGAGCAGUCCAUUGAACUGCAACUCAAUUGCGGGAGCAGUAGUUUCCCGGCCGGACUGCCCCUCACUAUACGCCCGACUCAUGGCCUACAGAUACGGCUCGAGACGGACGUAAUGGGGGCGCCGGUACUGCACGACGAGCUCCAGUUCUCUCUGCCGGUGCCCUUAAAACCGUUCCAAACGUACGAAAUUCCGUUAAUUAUAAAAACAAAACUUUUCGCACAAAAAGACUGCAAUUCUAUACAACACGAGCUGACUAUGAGUUGGACGACAAGUACGGGCGCCAAUGGGACGGCCGAUAAGACCAUGAAGUUUAUCAGCGUUCAGUUUCAUCUGUUGCCGCCAUUCCUGGCCUCCCAUCGCUUGCAUACCUGUGAUCGUCGAAAGUUCAUCGAAAUUCUGGUGAAUUGUGUGUCGAAACGACCGGUUCUGUUGUCGGCGCCGGAGUUGACUCUACCGGACGACCAGAAUGACAGACACACCCUUCAACUGAAGCCAAUGUUACCGAAAAGCGAUUCCGUUGUACACUAUUCACAGACUGUUCACUAUUUAUGGGAAAUAGUGACCAAUGAUUCAAACCUAUUCGCCAAUAAAGUCCUAUUUCGACUCAAUUAUCGAUUAUCCGAUCACUCGUUGGCCUCUAAUUGGGAACAGUUUACGUGUGACUACCGGUUCCCUAACUAUCACACGGUGUACACCAUUCGGGCGGUCGUAGAGCCCCAAAACGGCACAGAGUUCUGUCGGGCCGGUAGUCUCUGUCACCUGAAUGUAGUGAUUAGCCGACUGUUGGGAGCCGUCGACCACAAGUCGAUUAUGUAUGAGAUUAUGUCUGACCAGACGCUGUGGAAUGUUUGCGGAAAAACUGCUGGUGUGGUGGCCAUCGAGGGUCAGGAAGACAAAUAUGAGAUCACUUUCGAUGUCAUGCCAUUGAUCAGUGGCUUUCUACCCUAUCCUACCGUACGACUGUCCAAAUAUAUCGGUUCCAAUAGCGUGGCGCCCACACCGACACCUCCAGUGGCUACUGACCAGUCAAAUGAGGCCAAACUGGUGGCUUUCGACGCGGGACAGGUAUACAACUGGAGUCGUGCCACACAAGUCCAUGUCCUGCCCUCAUCCGGACUUAUUGUACCAGAAGUGUAG